UUGUCAGUGUCCCGCUGGUGAAAAGGGGUUGGGCCUGAAAGUUGUGGGCGUGUCCUCGGUGGAGGAGUAUUUUCACUCAACCUCUUCGGAUUGAGUAAUUACUCGCUCCGCACCUCACGGUAAGGAACAGCCGCUCAGCAUCUGACAAAUAAUCAAGAGUUUCGUUUACAAUUGUGGAGUUGAUACAUUUGAAAGUGCGUGUAAAGACUGUGUUUGGAAAUGGCAGGAAGCACAUGAAACCUGUUGCCCUGGACACUAAUACGAGAGGUGAAUUUAUUUGUAUUAUUAUGUUUUACAUUUACUCUAGAAAAUCUACCGAUACUCUAACAUAAAACUUUUUUUUUCAUCGGUUUCCGUACUCUUUGUUUUCUUUUGGCGUCUUUUGGUUGUGAAUGGUUGACCUUUCCGCCGGAACAUCGGGUGAAUUCACCUGCCAUGUGGAAUUGAAAGCAGAGCAGAAAGGAAACGCAGCUUAAAAUGUUACUUUAUUGCACACUUUCUGCGAGGAAUGAACUUUCGCCCUUUACCCGGUUUGUUUGGUGAAUGAUUGACAGUUCAGUCCACGGAUGCGCGUACUUUACCACGCCCGCGUUUAGAAUGAUGGUCUGUUUGAAAUGCACGCGCACAGUUGGAAACAAGCGCGCGCACUGUCUGGAAUGAAACUUCACUGUGAUUUACAGCCUUGUGGACUGUGGACAUGCUGCUGGAGCAAUUAAGUAUGAGGAAACCUGCAGAUAAGCAUCAUUUCUCCAUGGCGACCUCAGGGAUGCACCUGGUUGGGUUUUGGCUACAUGUUCUGCUGCUGUCUCAACUGUCUCAGCUCAGUGAUGCUGCCUCUAAGGAUAUAGUGUGCGAGCCCAUCACUGUGCCAAUGUGCAAAGGCAUCGGAUACAAUCACACCUACAUGCCCAACCAGUUCAAUCAUGACACCCAGGAGGAAGUUGGAUUGGAGGUGCACCAGUUCUGGCCACUUGUCCGGAUUCGUUGCUCCCCGGACUUGCUUUUCUUCCUCUGCAGUAUGUACACCCCCAUCUGUCUUCAGGACUACAAAAAGCCCCUGCCACCGUGCAGAUCUGUGUGUGAGAGGGCAAAGAGGGGUUGCUCCCCACUAAUGAUCCAGUAUGGGUUCGAGUGGCCGGAGCGGAUGAGUUGCGAGCAGCUGCCCAUGCUGGGCGAUAACGAUCUGCUAUGUAUGGACCAGAACAGCAGUGAGACCACAACUCUGUCUCCUCCCUUCCCCAAACCCACCGCAAAAGGUACGCCGAGGCAUAGAGCCACAGCAAAAUCUGCACUGCCGCAGAAGUGUGAUCGUGAGUGCCGUUGCCGAGACCCCCUGGUGACCAUCAGAAAAGAAGCACACCCCCUAUAUAACCGUGUACAUACUGUCUCUUUGCCCAACUGUGCCUUACCUUGCCACCAACCCUACUUUUCCCAGGAUGAGCGCACCUUCACGACUUUCUGGAUUGGCCUGUGGUCGGUGCUGUGCUUUGUCUCCACGCUCACCACUGUGGCCACAUUUCUCAUUGACAUGGAGCGUUUCAAAUAUCCUGAGCGGCCCAUUAUCUUCCUGGCUGCCUGUUAUCUUUUUGUGUCGCUGGGGUAUAUUAUACGACUGCUCGCAGGCCAUGAGCGGGUGGCUUGCGAGGGCUCUGGCGAUCAACAGCACAUCCUCUAUGACACUACGGGUCCAGCCCUUUGUACAUUGGUCUUCCUGCUCAUAUACUUCUUUGGAAUGGCCAGCUCCAUUUGGUGGGUGGUGCUCUCCUUCACAUGGUUCCUGGCUGCUGGAAUGAAAUGGGGAAACGAGGCCAUUGCAGGUUACUCCCAGUAUUUCCACCUCGCUGCCUGGCUCGUGCCUAGUGUCAAGUCCAUUGCUGUGCUCGCUUUAAGCUCGGUGGAUGGCGACCCUGUGGCUGGUAUCUGUUACGUUGGCAACCAGAGCCUGGAGAGCCUGCGUGGCUUUGUGUUGGCACCACUGGUUGUUUACCUCUUCACCGGCUCCCUCUUCCUGCUUGCUGGCUUCGUUUCACUCUUCCGAAUCCGUAGUGUCAUUAAACAGGGAGGAACGAAGACUGACAAACUGGAGAAGCUAAUGAUACGGAUUGGGCUUUUUACUGUCCUUUACACAGUGCCCGCUACUAUUGUGGUUGCAUGCCUGGUGUAUGAGCAACAUUACAGGCCAGGUUGGGAGAGGGCACUGGCCUGUUCUUGCCCAUCUGAGCGCCAGCGGCUGGGCAUGGGCCCGGACUAUGCCGUCUUCAUGCUAAAAUAUUUCAUGUAUCUGGUGGUGGGCAUUACCUCAGGUGUAUGGAUCUGGUCAGGGAAGACUCUGGAAUCAUGGAGGUGCUUUGUGGCACGUUAUGUCCCCUGUAGAACCCAAAAGCCUCCCGUAUCGGGCUCGUCCAUGUACAGUGAGGCCAGUACUGCCCUCACAGCCCAAGCCGGAACAGCACCCACUGGGACCUACCACAAAUCAGCACCCUCAUCCCAUGUCUGAUCAUUGGCUUGAUAUCUAUCCCCAAUGCUUCAUAAACCUUUCAAGUGAGUGACACACGUGUACAUGACUCUGAGUGAGGUGAUUCAACCUCGUCCCAACAGCUCUACAUGUCCCACACUGAGAGUUGAUGAAGGCACAGAUUUACUAUGAAGGAUUUUUGCAGACUCUUAUUUUAUUGUAGUCAAGCUUUUGUCAUUCAUGGAUCUAAUUUGUAAAACAAUGAAAAUAGUCUACAUUGUCUCACCAGUUCAUGUGAGGUUAAAGAUAAUCGGUGUACAUUCAACAACUGAUGUUGAUGUCUGUGGCGUUUAGUUCAUGAAUGAUGGUGACAAAAUGGCCAAUACUUUAUAUGAACCACAACAGUUCUCAGAUGAAAUGCUACACUUUUUCCAUUGAGUUUGUGGAGAUAUUUAAUUUAUUUGUGUAUUCAUGUAAAUUCAAGAACAUUGAAAUAUUGCAGGUAACAGUUGCUCUGUUGUGUUCGUGACUUUAUAUGCAUAUUAACAUGAUCUGGGUAGAAUGUUGUUUUGUAGCAUCAGUUUAACACAAUCUCACUGAGUAAGAACAACUCUAUUUUUCUGCUUAUUUUGUGGGAGUACAAAAUGUGAGACGGGAGGAAAUGCAUAUUUUAAUAUAGUGUUUGUGAAAAUGUCUGACAGUUAUAGCAGAAGUUGCAUGAGUUUAAUCGUCCUCAACAGGUCCACACUCACACACUGUUCAUGAGGGUCCCGUAACUGUCCCUUUGCACAUCUUGUGUUUCAGAGAGCAUCAGAGCUAUUUCCCCACUCAUAAUAGAUAGUUGGGUAGCAUCAGUUGGGCAGUGUUCAAUUGUAGAAUGUGUAUUUCUGAGAUCAGUAGGGCAGUUAGGAGAGUAAAUAGAUUUAUAAUCUGAGCUUGACUUCCCUCUUGUGGUCAGUGGUUACAUUUUCUAAAGAGGUUUACUGGUUACCCCAGCAGCCAUAAUACAUUUACCCAACCACACUCUCAUUUUCUUAUAAAGACCGGUUUCAAAACAUUGAAGAGCAUGUCUCUCUAAAUAUUGAUUUUUAUUAUUUUACUGUCCUAAAUCCAGUCUUCAUAUUUCCCCAGUGCUUUUUUGGGGAUUUUGAAUCCUGUGUAGGGUAUGCAUCAGUAAAACCAUGUUGGUUUUGUAAACCUGCGUAAACGUCUAUUUUUCCCAAGUUUCAAGUGCGCAUUAAGGUGUAAAUCUGCAAGUCUCUUUUUACUGUACAAACUGGUGUAGAAAUGACUUCACCUCUUUUGAAUUUUGCUUUUCAAAAUGAUCCGAAGUGAGCUGAACAUCUAGUGUGUCUCUGCAUUACUUACAAUGUUGUUGAGUCUGGGUGUAUACUAGUUUGACUUUGUCAAAAGAUGUUCUUUCAAUAGUCCAGACUGCAAAUUUGUACAUAUUUUGUUCAGUAAAAUAUAU